AUGAAUAUUGUAGGUCUUCCAGAAUCUGAACCAGAGCGUGUAGCAGUAUUAAUGGAUAAAUUGGGACAAAGAAGAUAUGUAUUGAUCUUAGAUGAUGUUUGGAAAAAGUUCUCUCUGGCAGAGGUAGGGAUUCCUAAACCAACCUCCAGCAAUGGGAGUAAGUUGGUAUUAACUAGUAGAUCGAUUGACGUUUGUAGAUCUAUGGACUGUAAGGUAGUCAAAGUGCCCCCACUGUUCCAUGAGGAGUCCAUGAAUUUGUUCUUGGAGCAUGCUGGACAUGGGGUUCUAAAGGUUCCAUUUUUGGAAGAAAUUUUGGACAACAUUGUUAGGGAGUGUGGUGGGUUACCCCUUGCCAUAGCUGGGAGCAUGAAGGGAAUAAAUGAUGUAGCGGAAUGGAGGAACUCAUUAAGAGAGUUACGUGAACAUGUAAGAAGUGUGAAGGACACAGAUGUUGAAAUAUAUGAGCGAUAA